AUGAAGUUUAAUAAUGCAGGUGCACAAGGUAGAGAUAGAGGUUACAUCUAUUCUGAACCAGAGUUUGGAAGAACAAGACAAGUGUUUUAUUAG